AUGUACGAGUUACCGAGCCUGGUGAAGACGGCGUACUACGCUUGCAACCAGAUCGAGCGCGCCAAGUAUGACUUGUUGAGAACAAGGCACGUCGAUUUGCGAAGUUGUUGCUUGUCGCUGUUCGAACUGUUCAAAGCCGAAAGAAACACAGACGAGGACGACGGCAGGGAGACAAUGUACAGCAGAUCGUCAUUGCCCAGCGAGUUUGGAAAAGUGUGCGAGUUGGCAGCGUUGUACGGACACAUCGAUUGCCUGAGACUCGCUCGUGCAAUCGGCGUGCCUUGGGAUGACCGUUUAUCUUUUACCACUCUUAAUAUCAUGAGUAUCAUGAGAAUAGGUUCGGCGUGCGAAAUGGCUGCGAUAUCGGGCAAUCUGGACUGUCUACAGUAUGCACGGGACAACGGCUGCCCGUGGGACGAAGAGACGUGUGCCAGUGCCGCGAAGAACGGCCACAUGGACUGUCUACGGUAUGCACGGGACAACGGCUGCCCGUGGAACGAAAUUACGUGUGCCAAGGCCGCGAAGAACGGCCACAUGGACUGUCUACGGUAUGCACGGAACAACGGCUGCCCGUGGGACGAAGAGACGUGUGCCAGUGCCGCGAAGAACGGCCACAUGGACUGUCUACGGUAUGCACGGGACAACGGCUGCCCGUGGGGCCAAAAGACGUGUGCCAGUGCCGCGAAGAACGGCCACAUGGACUGUCUACGGUAUGCACGGGACAACGGCUGCCCGUGGGACGAGAAUACGUGUUCCUUUGCCGCAUUGAACGGUCACAUGGACUGUCUACGAUAUGCACGGGACAACGGCUGCCCGUGGGACGAAAUGACGUGUGCCAAGGCCGCGGAAAACGGCCACAUGGACUGUCUACGGUAUGCACGUGACAACGGCUGCCCGUGGAACGAGUGGACGUGUUCCAGUGCCGCAUCGAACGGUCACAUAGAUUGUUUACGGUAUGCACGUGACAACGGCUGCCCGUGGGACGUGGAUACGUAUUUCACCGCCUUGCACAACGGUCAUUUAGACUGUAUCAAUUACGCAUUGGCUAAUGGGUGCCAUCCAGAAAUGCGCGAUCACAAUGUGAACAACGGUGGAGAAGACGGGCGUUCUUCGGACGAGGACAGUGUACUCGAUGUAGCAUGA